GUUAGUGCCAAGGCCUAUGCAUGAUUGUUGUCUGAUUUGAUAGCUGUGUCUUACUUUAGUGUCAAAUUUUAUGGAUACUUGUGUCGAUAGUGUUUUACCCAGCCUGGUGUCGUCAAAUUUUAUGGAUAGCGGGAAACAAUACAGAAAAGAAUAAUGGAUGAAGAAACAGUUGACGGAAUGACUGUCCAACAUGGAGAGGGAGAGCAUGUGCUUUGCUGGGGCUGCUCUGAGUUUGGCCAGCAUGGACACAGCAAGAGAGAAAAUAUUCCUGGACAAGAUAGUUGGUUAAAAACGUUCAGCGGGCCCUGGGACAAACGGGCAAAGUACUUCUCCUGUGGGUCCAGCCAUACUGUUGUCGUGACAAAUAACAAUACCAUCUACGCGUGGGGAAAUGGACACUGCGGACAGGUUGGUUGUGGAGACAUGGAUUCACACGAUGAGCCAAUAUGCAUCAAGCUUUACGCCAACCAGCAGCGACCGCCGGAAAUAAAGGGCAUCGCCUGUGGAUGGCGCCACACAUUCAUACUCCUGGAGAACGGCAACAUGUUUAGCUAUGGGAACAAUCAGUAUGCUCAACUUGGUUAUGAUCCACGGAUAAAAGAGUUCAGAGAGAAUCAGCCACGUCCCCACCUACUGCGGACGUUUACUCAUCUUGUUGUUGACCAAGUCGCAUGUGGGGAGAAACAUUCUCUGUUCCUCAUCCAAGAUGGAACUGUUGGUGCUGUUGGAAAUAACUGUUAUGGCCAGCUUGGAAUUGGUGACUGUGCAGAGGCGACUAUCAUGCAGAAGAUUGAAAGCCUCUCUGAGGUCAAGGCCAUCGCAUGUGGUGCUAACCAUAGUUUAGCUGUGGGCAAUGACGGUGGCCUCCACUGCUGGGGAUUUGGUAAAGCAUGCGGGUCAAAGGAUGACAACUAUCUCUUCCCCGAGAGAAAAUAUGUUGGGAGUUGUCGGUUCACUGCUGUGUCCGGUGGCAGCUUUCACAGUGUCGCUCUAUCGGUUUCCAAAAAUGUGUUCAGCUGGGGUUCAAAUUCCGAUGGGCAGCUCGGCCAUGGUGAGAAGGUCCGGUUUGUGUCGACUCCUUGCAAGGUGCAAAAUGAGCAGCUGAUGGGCAAUGUGGCAUUUAUUGCUUGUGGCGAUCUCUACACUUCUGCAAUUACAGCAGAUGGCAGUCUGUACAUGUGGGGCAAGAGCAGCUAUGUGAUCGAUGAUGGCAGGCAACCAGCUGAAAAAGUCUGGCAGCCGCUAGCAGUCAAUGUUGGGGGUUACCCAGUUAAGAAGAUGGCCUGUGGAAGUUGGCAUGUUGUGGCAGUCACAGGCAAACCAGAUCUGGUUGAGGGGACAACGAAUGGUACAUCAGAGGCUGUUGGCAUUUAUGUGGAGGAGGAUAGUUCAGAUGAGGAGAGCUCAGAUGACAGCGACAGUGACAAAGAACCAACGCGCCCUGGACUUGGUGACCGACAACCGACAAUACCAAUAGGGGAAUUUUAUGCCCCAACACCGGAACCAAAAAGAAAUGGUAUUAUACCAAGUCCUGAUCUGCAGACUCCAAGAGGUCUUGAUUUGCAGACAGAAAGGGGGGCGUACGAUCCGAGGACAGCCAGCAAUGUCAGCAGUCAGUACCAAACCGCGCGCCCUGAUUCAACGGAUCCAGAUUAUGGCUCAAUCGCCGUCUACAUCAAUGAAGUCCACGAAAAUGGUGCCCACACUAGUACGACUGAUAACAACUGGACCCUGAAUAACCUUCAAAACUGUCGAAGAAAUACUGCUAGUGCUCGAAGUUUCAAAUUCUCGGACGAUGAAUCGAGCUUUGGCAGGGAGAAACAAGAGGUCAGACUGUCUAAUGGUGAAGUCCUGCCGAGAUUAGAAACUCGCUUAGAACAGACGAAUAGUGAUAAGUUAUUGAAGGACAAUUCUCUGCCGGGGAGACAGGCUCUGAAGGCUUCUCCUUAUGGCCUUUAUAGGUCAAAGACUUUAAAUUUAAACCCUGUAGUUACCAGAAAAUCUCUUGAUAAUCUUCAAUUAGAACGAGAACGUACAACCGUUACAAAUAAGAACAUUGGGUUUGUGACACCGGAAGACUUGCGCCCUCUGCCAAGAUCUUUGCAGUGUAAUGAUCUGUGGCAGCCAUUUGAGGAUGGAGCAAACCAUAUGGUGUACAGGAUGAGGCCCAAUAGAGUACGGAAGAAUAAAACGACUGCAGAGAAAAAGGCUGACGUUCUUGGCAGGAACAUUUCAGAUGGUGAUAUGUCAUCAACAUUGCCAAAGCAUAAUAGUCUACAUUCAGUGCCAGCUGCAGAGACCCUGAGAUCUAAUGGCACAUCACGGAUAUUUCCCAAACCACAAUUUCCACCCUCCACAGUCUUCACCCAUGUACGAAGCAAGACAUUCAUCGGCAGCGCCGAUAAGCCAGCCCCCUUUGCUUCCCCACCAAAUGGACUCAAGAUGUUACCUAGGCAGCAUACCUCAAUGGUCGAUUUGCGACUCUUCGCAGAAGGCAUGAACAUUUCUAACGUGACACCAUUAAGACCGAUCGUGAAGGAAUCACGUAAAUUGCGUCCACCGGCGACUUCGCCAUCUUUGUUGAUGACAAAAAGGAACAAAACGUUACUGCUGGUGGACCAUAAUAGGAAUUAUAAAUCAAACGAACUGCCUAAGCCUCAGGUUCGGCCGUCUCCAGUUUUAAGCGCACCAGCCAAGAGACCUGACAGAAACGAAUCUCAUGAAAUGAUUAAUUCGGUUCCUAGUACUACGAUAUGGUACACUAAAUAAUAUGGUAAAUAAAUAAAUGAACAUUACAGGAUAUGUUACCUUAUAAGAAGUACCUUAACAGUUCAUUCUGGAAUAUUAUGGCCAUUUAUACAAUGAGAGAAAGACCUGGAAUUAUCCAAUGCUGAGUCUGACAUAUGUUUUUAGACAGAGUUGUUAAAAGUACCAUUACAAUGUAUAUUUCACAUCAAUGUUUGUACUUAGACCAGAACUGUGGACUGUAGUCAUGAUCUUGUCUCAACUCUGUUAUUAUUCAUGCAUGAUGAAAAAUGGACUAUAUCUUUAUCAGCAGCCAACUAUUUGAUCCCUUUGCUGUGGACAUUUUGAUAUGGAUACUCACGUUCACUGUAACUAGUGGAUCAACUGACUACUGAGAUAUAAUGACUCAUUGACUGUGAUAAUUAUUGUUAAAACUUGUAAGAAACCUGUUUUAGGGUGCUUUUUACAGCUGGCUUUAAACUUUUGUAAAAUAUUUGCUUGUGUUAAAAAUGCUCAUUGCCUACAGUAUUAUACAUAGUUGUGUGUGUUAAAGUUUGGUUUGUACAGAAAAAGUAUGUUAUUUGUUUUGCUCAGUAGCACCAGCUGUCAAACAGUGAUUAGUGUAAAUAUGGAUUUUUUGUACAAUAAAGAGUUCAAGUCAUAAAUAAAGUAACCGGGCAUAUUAAAAACGGAUAAAUUCAUGUCCUGAAUUAUCUUUUAGUCUGAUGGUGUCAGUGCAUAACCAGUUAAGUGCCAAACACAGGCAUAUAUAGCUUAUACAUUACCAAUUUAUGGCAUUCCCUGCCAAAUGUCACUGCGGUACCCCAUCGUUGUUUUUCUACAAAUUUCCCCAACUUGUCUUCACCAAGCUAAUGGUGCUUUUACAAGAAACCUCAAACUUGCAUAUUUUGAUAAACACAAUAGCCAGUGGCCAACGCACCUGUGACAUCCAGCCCUGACCCUGGUAUAAUGGGAUCAGACACCAAAGAAUGACAAACGCAAAAAUUUUGCCUUGAAGCAGCACCAAUCUGUAUAACGGCCAAAUAUCAAUGUUUUCUAUCAAAAGCUACUUGCAUUUGUUUUGCUAUUUUUGGCGGUGAAUUGAAGGCGGGCUUCUAUAUUUCAUAUUUUGUCUGAAUUCUUCUCCUAAUUGACAAAUAAUGCCUACCGCAAGGUGCUCUGCUGUAAGCGUAAUGACUUUCAUGCAUUUGAUAUUGCACCUCUUCAUGUUGUCUGGUGAGAAAAGAACCUAUAACAUUGAGGGCAGGCAAGCCAUUCUGGGGUCAGUAAAACAUCAUCACAUUUCAUUGCAAACCUUCCUUGCGCUAUUUUAGACUUGACUCAUCAAGAAGCAGGGGAUCGCCCAAGAGCUGAACAGUGUCACAGAGGUAGCAAUUGGAACACUUAAAUGUCAUGGGUGUAAUGAUUUUCUGAUCGUAUUCAUCAUCGACAACAUGAUUUUUCAUCAAUUCAAUAAAUAAGUCAUCAGUGAAGUUGUGUCCUAUUUCUGCAACUUUUUCUCCAAUGCAGCGAACACUUUUUUUUGUAAUAAUCGUAAACCAUAUCUCUUAUUGAUUAUAAUGAGAAUACCUUUGGCAUGCAAUCACAUGAAAGGCACGGAAUGGUCUACAUAUAUGCUUGAAAGUGAUAUCUCUCAUAUUGUCUAUCUGAUACCAGUUUCAAAUAUUAUCCAAAUUGCCACAGGAUGACGAAAACUGUUUUUUGUUGCUGAAGUUAACUUGGUAAUGAUACAAAUUAAUCAAUUAGACUCGCAAAAAAACGCAUAUUCUCGAAUUUUCUGGCUUUGAAGGUGAGCCAAAAAUUACAGCUAUUUGAGAAAUAACCCUUUAUGCCAAUAAAUAUUUCCCACCCUAAAAUACUCUUUUUAUGUGAUGAAGGGUUAUUAGACUGACAUGACAUAGGUCAACUUUAUCGGUGACGUCAUGUAUGUAUAAAAUGUGAAGUUCAAUUGAAUUGAAUCCUGAAAAAUGAAGCAUCUUCAGUGAGUCCUCAAGUUGCUUUUUGACUGCCAAGGCUAGACAAAGUUGAUAUUGAACACUCUAACAUCAAUAAAAAUCCAGAACAAAUGUUUAUUGAUUUGAAAAUAUAAAAAUAUCCUAUUCCACAGGGAUGUUUCCUUCUAUUUUCAGCACAUAGUCACAUCUCUAUAAUCCCUCAUAAAUCGGAGAAAAACAUGUGCUUGGCCUGGCUACAGAUUUAAAGUGAUUUGCUGUUAGUUACAGGAUGGGGUACAUUUUGGCACUUGCCUAUUGCCGUGAGGUUCACGCCACACCUGUACAGGCUACACCAAUUAUCCCAAUUUAUUGCAAAAUGAAUACAAGAAGAGACACAAAAUCCGCUUUGUCACCCAGGAUUAAAUUUAGAAUGCACUUUGUUUUCCAGUUAAGGGGUUUUCAAAGAGUUUGGAAUUUGCAUGGGUCAGGUGUAUUGAGACUCUAAUGAUCUUUAUUGGGUGAUAGUUGGCUAUUCUUGUCUCUUGCAUUGUGUUCAAUUUGGAGGGGUUUCCGUGGGUUACUAAGUUGGGCAUUUCUUGGAUAUGUGUAAUGUGUCUCAAAUUAGAUUUCGGCCUGUAAGUGGAUUUUGCUGUUAACCCAAACAAUUAUUUACUCAGUGGCUAAAUGCUGUUGAUGAACAGAAUCCCUCAGCGGUCAAGCAGAUCUUUAAAGGGGGACUAAAGGCAGGAGCCAGGGGCCUCUUUGGUCGUCACCAGGUGAUCAAUACUCAUAGUUAAGUAACUGAUUUGACUUAAUACUCAAGAAUAUUCUCAGCAAGCGAGAAUUGUGCCUAUAUGUAUUGUGAGAAAUAGCCACAACAUAUCCAUGACUUUCUCGCCCACUUGGCAACACUGUUUACAGUCUCCUUUUAUGAUAACCAUAAAUACAAUUGUACACCAAGGAUUGUCUCCAAGUUGUGUUGAAAUGUAUAAGAAUUCUAUUUUACAUGUAUACAAGUAUUCUACCACUGAAUACUGAAUAUGCUUACCUCGAAGUCCAGGGUUCAUUAUGAAACUGAUAUCUUUAAUUAUUCUAAGUAUCAAUUUACUCAGAACAUUGAACUUCUUAUUAGUCUUUAAUGCUCAAGGCAAGUUGUGAUAAUUCCAGGUCAGAAAGAUUAAGAGACAUUUAUGCGAAAUUUGAUAGAAUUUUUUAGGAAAAAUCUUAAGUGUAUUUAUAUCGAGAUGACUUUGUUAUCUGAAGGUUGUUGCUUUUAUUAAUAAUUAUGUAGGUGAUUUUGAUGAUGAUCAUUUGGCUUUAAAGUCCAUGUAAGCUGUUUAGGCAAAACAAAAGUAUAGAAUGAUGUGGUUUUUCGACUGCUCUUGAUUCAAUUUUAAAAUCUGCUCAUAUGAUGACUGGAUCUGCUCAUAUGAUGACUGAAGUACCGGAAUGUCGGUUCACUGUCUUGGCAAUUUAUCAGACAGGCCUUCUUUAGAGUUCAAAGUGUUAAAAUUAAUAACUGUUGGCUCAACAUUUUCAACUUUAAAUUCCUGUCGUUAUGACCAAGAUGGAUAAUUUCAUGAAUACAUGUAUGGAAUGGCCUCGAGAAUCAUUUUAAAAAUGCCGUAAAUAUCACCUUUACGUAGUAUAAAACAGCUCCAGGCGCUUACUGCUCAUCUACAAUUACAAAUGUCAAAAUGAAUUCCUUACAUAAUGAUAACUCUGGUGUGUAAUUGCGCCAAGGUAAAAGAGUAAUUUAAUUGUUUUUAGGUGCGGAUUGGAAAUUACCAAACAGCUAAUAAUAGGUUCAACAACUCAAAGUGAAAAGUCAGAUGCAUCAUUCUGACAUGAUGUUACACAUAUAUAUUUGUAAUUGCAGCCUUUAAAAUGAUUUCCCGAUGAUCUGCACCAUUCUGAUUUCCCCUCUGGCUAAUUUUCGGUCUCUAAUAUGCGAGUAAUGCUAUGUAUUGAUAACCCUAGGCAUUUUUAGACUUCAUUAUUCAUAUUUCUGAUCAAUGGUUAUACAUGUUUCUGGUUAUGGACCUUUAAUGUUUGAAAUAAAA